UCUAUACUGCGCUGCAAAGAAACAAAAGUGCCGCCAAUCUUGACAAUUCCUCCCUUUGAUUUCCCACCCAACUUCAAGUCCACGACAAUGCUCUUCAAGACGUUUCUCAUCAGCCUUUUGGCCCCGGUGGCACUUGGCCUCGCUGUCCCUGCCAAGCGUGGUGACGACCACAUGAACCUACCCAAUGUCGACCUCAACCGUCUGGAUGCCCCCAUCAUCGACGAACACGUCAACUUGCCCAACGUCGACCUGAAUAGGCUCGACGCCCCCAUCAUUGACGAGCAUGUCAACCUGCCCAACGUUGACCUCAACCGGUUGGACGCCCCCAUCCUGGACGAUGAGUCGUACUAGGGAGGCUGCUACCCCUGGAUGGAUAGAGACCAUGUCAUGACAGGAGUGGAAGGAUGUAUGCUAUGAAUUGAAGUGCAAACCUGUGUAAGGGCAUGCGGACCAAAGAG